AUGGCGCUGCCGCCGCGAUGCGAUGUCGGCGGCGAGGACUUUAUCAGCAACCUCCCGUUUGAGCUCCUCUCAGCGAUCAUCUCCCGCCUCGAUACCGCCGAGGCCGCGCGCACCGCCGUGCUCUCCCCUCGCUGGCGCGACGCGUGGCGUGGGACCCCGCUCCGCCUCGACGACCUCGAGCUUCCCGCCGCGCCCCGCCCCUCCAUCGCCCGCGCCGCGUCGGUGUCGGGAGCACCCUGGGCGGCGCGCGCCGACACCGUCUCCCUCGCGCUCGCCUCCCACCCGGGCCCUGUCACGCGCUUCCGCCUCGCCCGCACCACCCUCCGCGCCCGCGUCCCCGCCGCGGAGGCCUGGUUCCGCAGCCUCACGGCCGGCGACCGCCGCGCCCGCGAGGUCUCGCACAUCUGCCCGCCCGAGUGGUGCCACCGCGCGCUCGCCGACCCACUCCUCACCUCCGCCACGCUCGAGACCCUCGCCCUCGGUGAGUGUCGCUUCUCCGACGCCGGGGCCGCCGCCGCCUCCGCAUCCCGUCUCACGGACCUCUCCCUUUCUCGCACCCACAUCUCCGAGGCUGCACUCCAGAGCCUGCUGUCUGGCUGCCCCGCGCUGCGUAACGUCAUCUUCAGGCACAUCCAGGGCCCCCGCCGCAUCCGCAUCACUUCUUGCCGCAGCCUCGUGCUGUUCGGUGUGUGGCAUUACAAGCACCUAGAGGAGCUCACCGUCGAGGACGCCCUGCGCCCGGAGUGUCUGCUCGGCGACGUGCAUCUGGGAGCGUCGGUCACCAUCAUCGGCGCGCCAAAGCUUACUGCUUUUGGCUAUCUGGUGGUUGGUUUCCGGAAUUUCUUCCAUGGCAUCGACAAGCCUUCUGUUGAGGAGAAGGUUAACAAGGGACUGCGUGCUCCUUUCAAUAGCGUGAAGAUUCUAGCUAUAAGCAUGACAUUCUCGAGCAAGAAGGACAUGGCGACGGCGAUGAACUUGCUCAAGUGCUUUUCCUUCCUGGAGACAUUGCAUAUCCAGGGCAAGCCCGGGGAACGCCAGGUUGACACAAUUGACUUCGGCUACUACCAGAAGAAUGAACCCAUUGGAUGUAUUGUUAACCAUCUCAAGACCGUGAGGCUGGAAAGCAAAGUUAAGAACCUAAUAGGCGAAGUUGAGGAGCAAAACAUGUUUGAAUUUGUGUGUUUUCUCCUUGCGAAUGCACAGGUGCUGCAGAUCAUGAAGAUUCAAUCUGCCAUGUCCAACACCCCUGCAUGGAUUACUGAACAGCAAAAUCUCAUUCAAUGCCACAGGGCCUCUGUGGAAGCCAAAGUCGUGUUCGAGGGCCUGAAAGUUGUCCAUCGCAAGAGGUUCAGUAUAGAGGCUGUGAAUGCUCUACCUGACCCCUUUGAUAGUGAUAUCGACAUCAUGGGCUACUAA